AGUAUUCUUCGGGAAUGACGUCAGUCGGGAGAGAAGAGAGAAGGGGGGAGGGCUGCGUUUCAGGAUGGGUCCGCGCUCCGGCGCCAGCGGAGUUCGGGGAGGACUUCUACGUAACACUUCUGUUGGAGUUUCACAGAGACUCGAAGUAGAGAAAACGGGUGACCUAGUUUUUGUUCAGCUAUGCAGCUCCAGGAGUGGUUGCGGUCCCUUCGCUCCGGCGGGGGGGUGCGGCUGCCGGAAGCGGACGAGCUCCGGAGCCUCCUCCCUUCUCUCCCCUCCUCCUCCUCCUUCUCGCUGUCCUCCCUGUCCCUGUCCCCCUCCUCCCUGCUGGGACUGGGCGCUCUGGCCUCCCUCACCGCCUACUGGCUGGUGACCCGCCCCCGACCCAUCCGGCCGCCCUGUGACCUGCAUGCCCAGUCCAUACCUGUACAGGGAGAUGCCAGCUGCAGGCGAUCUGCUCUGCUGAAAGAUGACAGUCUGCUGGAGUUUUACUAUGAGGACACGAGAACAGCCUACGACAUGUUCCAGAGGGGCCUGAGAGUGGCAGGGGACGGUCCAUGUCUGGGCUUCAGGAAGCCAGGGGAGCCGUACCAGUGGAUCUCUUACACUGAGGUAGCCGAACAGGCUCAAGUCCUGGGCUCCGGGCUGCUGGCGAAAGGUUGCCAGCCCAACCCUCGGCAGUUUGUCGGGAUCUUUGCACAGAACAGGCCGGAGUGGGUCAUUGCAGAGCUGGCCUGUUACACCUUCUCCAUGGCAGUAGUGCCACUUUAUGAUACACUGGGCCUGGAAGCCAUGGUGCACAUCCUCAACCUGGCGGAGAUCUCGCUGGUGAUCUGUGACCGGGAAGAGAAAGCAGAGUCGCUGCUGGGCAAUAAGGAGAAAGGUGUGACCCCCACACUCUCCUGCUUGGUUCUCUUUAAUCCCUUCAGCCCCGCCCUGGUGGAGAGGGGGAAGAACUGCGGUGUCGAGAUACUGCAGCUGGCCCAGAUCAUGGAGCUUGGGCGACAGAAUCUCAAGGAUCCUGUGCCACCAAAACCAGAGGACCUGGCGGUUGUGUGCUUCACCAGUGGGACAACAGGAAAGCCCAAGGGAGCCAUGAUCACCCACGGCAACAUUGCAUCCAAUACCUCCUCUGUCAUCAAGAUCCUGGAGGGGUCCUUCGUUAUCCGGCAAGAGGACGUGUCGAUCUCCUACCUGCCUCUCGCCCACAUGUUUGAGCGCAUGAUCCAGGUGUCCAUGUUCUGUCACGGUGCCAGGGUGGGCUUCUACCAGGGGGACAUCUCCCUGCUGAUGGAUGACAUCAAGACCCUGAGGCCCACUUUCUUCCCUGUGGUUCCCCGACUGCUAAACCGCAUCUACGACAAGAUCGUGGGCUCAGUGACCUCUCCUCUGCGGAGAGCGGUGCUGCAUUACGCAGUCAGAAGGAAGCAGGCAGAACUCAGCAGUGGUGUGGUGCGUAACAACAGUCUGUGGGACCGUCUGGUGUUCAACAAGAUUCAGGCCAGUCUAGGAGGGAAUUUGAGGUUCAUUCUGACCGCCUCUGCUCCCAUCUCCCCCACCGUGCUCUCCUUCCUCCGGGCCACUCUCGGCUGUCUGAUCUUUGAGGGGUACGGGCAGACGGAAUGUACUGCGGGCUGUACGUUCUCCAUGCCAGGGGACUGGACCGCAGGUCAUGUUGGUGCUCCCCUGCCCUGUGCCAUGGUCAAGCUGGCCGACAUCCCGGACAUGAACUACUACGCUAAGAAUGGAGAGGGAGAGAUCUGUAUUCGGGGCCACAGUGUCUUUCGGGGGUACCUGCGGGAUGAGGAGAGGACAGCAGAGGCGCUGGACAGCGAGGGCUGGUUGCAUAGCGGGGACGUGGGACAGUGGCUACCGAACGGAACUCUGCGCAUCAUCGACCGGAAAAAGCACAUCUUCAAACUGUCCCAGGGCGAGUACAUCGCCCCCGAGAAGAUCGAGAACGUUUACACCCGCUGCGUUCCUGUGCUGCAGGUCUUUGUUCACGGAGACAGCCUGCAGUCUCACCUGAUCGGCAUCGUCGUGCCUGACCCCGAAGUGUUCACAGACUGGGCCAAAGAGAGGGGCAUUGUGGGAGCGUACGAAGAGCUCUGCCAGAAUCCAGAUGUGAAGAAGGCUGUGCUAGAGGACAUGAUAGCUGUGGGGAAGGAGGCAGGACUGAAGUCAUUUGAGCAGGUUAAGGAUCUGUACCUUCACCCUGAGGUGUUCAGUGUGAGCAAUGGCCUGCUCACCCCCACACUGAAAAGCCGCCGUGUGGACAUCCGCAGAGUCUUCCAGGAGCAGAUCUCACAAAUGUACAGCAAGACUCCUGUCUAGGACCUCCAUGAGUGCGCGAACGCACUCACGCGCACACAUACACACUGGCAACAACCGGACCACUUCACUUCACUGGACAGUAAUACAGUUAGCAUGCAGGGGUCUCAAGCUCAGGUAACAGGAGGCUGUAGUGUACUUUGGGGUUCAUUUGAAACUACGCUCACCGUUAAGUUCUUAAUCGCUAAAUCUGACACCAGGUAACAUUUUUAGAAGGAAAUGUUCUAGAUCAUUUAAACACACAGGUGCACUUGACAUAUGUUACCAAUAACAUGGUGCGGCAUCUAGAUGUUGAACUGUCUUGCUACACAUUGCUGAAAUGCUCUGGGAAUGUCAGUUCUAGACCAGUAGAGCACUUGCCAGCUGCAGAGAUAUUAUUGGACAUGACAGAUUGGGCAGCACUAUACUGUAUAGCUUACAAAGUUGACAUAGCUACAAUAUGGCAUAGAAGCAGUGGACGUUGCUGAACAUGACAGAAUGAUAGAUAGUUUUGGCAGCAGUGUCCACCUAACAUCUGUGCUUUGGGGUUGCCUUGGUCUCAACAGUGCAGCAUGUUAAACUCUAGAGUUAAAAUAAUCAGACUAGUGGACACAGCAGAGGGAAAUACUCAACACCCAAGCAAUGGAUGUCCUCCCCCCCCGGCCCCCCAGCCCCCCCACUCCCAAUGGUCUGAAGGUAUCUGACCAUACCUCCAUCCACCACAACUAGAGAAUAGGAUAGGAAACAACCCAUUUAAGGCCCCUUUUGUGGACAGUAUAGCUCCUUGGAUGGUUUUGAUGUUUGUUUCAGUGUAUCCUUUCCGUUGAAAGAGACAGAAAUGACUUGAAAUGUAUUGCCCCUGGUGAAUCCUCCUUGAAAUAAAUGCUAUCUUGGCUAGCAAGGGGGUUGAUUGGCUGAAUUAUAUGGACAGGAUUCCUUGUCCUUUGUCCAAGCUCACACUUAUUGCUAAUGACAUGUAAUUUAAUUUAAAAAGAUUACCCUAACAGUAACUUAUGCAGUUUGUAUAAUAUGCAGUCAAUUUGUAAAUGGGUGGUAAAUUUUAAUCUGUAAAUACUGAGACUGGAUGAAAAAAAAUACAGAUUGUAAACUAUUUGACGUGAACUAAUUCCCAAGGUUGUAGGAAUUUCUGGCCUGUUUUCAGAAUGGAUAAAUAAAAUGUUAAGAAGGUCAUUACUGUAUUAUUUUAUAUUGUCAUUUAUUAAUUUUUUUUUUAUUUAGGACAUACUUUUUGUUUAAACAAACAGGGCCAUUCCAACCUGUCCCCCUUGCCUCAAAUUAUGACACUGAAAAUGAUUUGU